CAGAAACGCCUUGAUCCCAGCAGUCCUCUCUUUAUUUCUUCUCUAGAUUUGUGCGACUAUGUCCUCAGGAGUGACUUCAGCAGACUUAGAGCUGGAGCUGCAUGAUUUGCUGCAAGAGUUCCAGGAUGUGGUGAAGGAGCUGCAGGCCGCCCCUCAAAGCAGCCGCCAUGCAUACGAGCACGUGCUGCUGGAGGCCAAGAGUCGCACUGCACUGGGAGACGACAGCGAGGUUGAAGACUCUGAUUACAGCAGUGAAGCAUCUUUGGGGAACAGUUUGAACGCUAGCGAGGAGGAGCUGCACACAGCAGGCUUAACGCUGCCACCAAAAGCCAAGCUGGGAGACACAAGAGAGCUGGAGAGCUUUAUUGAUGUGUUGGACCGGGAACUUGCUGAGAUGUGAAGAGCCGCGUUAAGAGGAGGCGAAAACAGGCUGGAGGGGGGCAGCGCGGCCGACUGCCGCCGAGCAGAAGGACGGAUCUAAACCAAAGCACAUUCGAGGGAGCGAGCCCUCCUCUCGUUGCUUUAAGGGAAAAGGUUAAAGUCAGAAUUAAAAGGGUGUUUCAAAAAAAGGCACAAAACCCCCGACGACUUUGCGUCCUUGUCCACAAGACGAGGAGCCUGCAGCAUCGUCUUCAAGAUGUGUGACAUAUUCCCAAAUCUAGAUAAACCUCCAUCUGUCUGACAGAAGAAAGCUGCCUCCAGUCCUCGGAAUAAGUUUAUGCCUCAUUUGAAAUUCCCAACUGUACUAAACCAGGAAAUCGCCCCAAUUCCUUUGGCAUGCUUUUUAAGGAGGCUUUGUGAAGCAAAACUAUGCAGCACUUUAGUUUAACUUUAAGUCCCUACUGAGUAAUAUAAAAAUGUCAUUUGUAUUAUGUUAUUUUCACUGUACAGUUCUUGUUAUUGCUCUUUUUAAAAAAUAUAUAUAUCAAAUGUCAUGAAGGUGAAUGCAUGUAGUUUAUAAAUAAAGCUCCAUUUGGUAGGA